AGACCAGUUUGAGUUCAGCUCGACGUAAUGUGAUUCGAUAGUAAGUUAAAUGCGCUCUGCUGGUUCUGGAUCAGCAUAAACGCACAGCUCCCGCCCGGGUCGGACGCCAAACUCCGGGCGCAGCUCAAAUCUCCUCCCCGGAUGCCCCAGAAUCCCUAAAACACCCAGUAAUUGCCACACAUUCAGUUUUUUUGCAUCGUUCAUGGUGCGCAUCUGCGAAAGGAAGAUGAAGUUUUUGGUGGCAGUCACAUUGAUCGUUGGCUCGGUAAUUUUCCUGCUUUUCCCGAGCGGAUCAGAGGCUGAUGAGAAGAAAAAGGGACCCAAAGUCACGGCCAAGGUUUACUUUGACAUCAGGAUCGGAGAUGAGGAUGCAGGACGGAUUGUCAUUGGACUCUUUGGAAAAACUGUACCGAAAACGACGGAAAACUUCCUUCAGCUGGCCACUGGAGAGAAAGGAUUCGGAUACAAGGGCAGCAAGUUCCAUCGGGUAAUCAAAGACUUUAUGAUCCAGGGAGGAGAUUUCACUAGAGGAGAUGGAACUGGAGGUAAGAGCAUCUAUGGUGACCGUUUCCCUGAUGAGAACUUCAAGCUGAAGCAUUAUGGUCCAGGUUGGCUCAGCAUGGCCAAUGCUGGCAAAGACACUAAUGGCUCCCAGUUUUUCAUCACCACUGUCCAGACGCCAUGGUUAGAUGGCAAACACGUUGUCUUUGGCAAAAUCUUGGAAGGAAUGGAUGUGGUGAGAAAGAUCGAGAGUAACAAGACAGACGGACGAGAUAAACCUCUCAAAGACGUCACUAUCCACGAAUGCGGCAAGAUCGAAGUGGAAAAGCCUUUUGCAGUACCUAAAGAGUAAAUUAAGUUUGGGGAAAUAAUAGGACUCUGGGUUUAAGGGGAUUGAAUUUGGUGCCACUAGAGUUCUAGUGGAGAUAAAAUGUGUGUGUAUGUGUGAGCUCAUCGGAGCUCCGCCCCCUCACGGGACCAUCACACACCAGUCCUGAUCCGCUGAGCGGUACAUCCUGGGUCCAAUUCCAGCAUUCCAUACGGUCAUAUUUCUGACCUGCUUCAACUUGCCUUUGUAAACAAAUGUUCAAUAAAGGAUCCAGGUUUUCUUAAA